UGGCCUGAUCCCGCUGACCUGGGUGAGGAGGAGCCCAUGCUGGGCCUGGGCGAAGAGGACGAGGAGCCAGGGGCGGGUGAGGGCCUGGGCGAGGAAGACGAGGCUGAGGACGCGGGUACAGCCAAGGGCGCUGGAGGGGACACAAAGGCGGCAGGGGCCCCGGGCCCAGCAGGGCAGCAUGACGGGCGGCGGCGCAUCCAGCGCGAGGGACUGAUGCGCGUGUACGUGGCCCAGCUGGUGGCGCGGGCUGCCUUCGAGGUGGCCUUCCUGGUGGGCCAGUACCUGCUGUAUGGCUUCGAGGUGCGGCCCUUCUUCGCGUGCAGCCGCCAGCCCUGCCCGCACGUGGUCGACUGCUUCGUGUCACGGCCCACCGAGAAGACGGUCUUCCUGCUGGUCAUGUACGUGGUCA